UUCAGGUUCAGAGCCUUCAGGAUCUCCUCGUGCGUGACGCCAUCGGAUGCCAUCAGGAGAGCGGCAAAGCUCGUGGAGAUGCUCAGAGGAGAGAUCUGAGACGGUGACGUUCGGAUGCAGUGUUUGAUGGGUGGGAGUGAGGAAGCACAAACAGGAAUGGAUGGAGGCUGCAGACUGCAGAGCGGAGCUGCUCCGGUACCUGAAGGAGCACGUGCCGCAGAUCUUCUGCCUGAAGAAGGAGUCCAGCCCUCAGGAAGAGGAUGAACUCGCACAGAGCCGUCUCCUUUACCCGCUGGAGUGUUUCCUGUUUGGAGAAGACCCUGAAGAUGGUCUGGAGAAGCUCAAACAGGGCAGCACCUCCUCUCAGCUCUGCGGACGCGUCUUUAAAGAGGGAGAAACAGUGUACUCCUGCAGGGACUGUGCGAUAGAUCCCACUUGUGUUUUCUGCAUGGACUGCUUCCAAGACAGCGUACACAAAAGCCAUCGAUACAAGAUGCAUGCAUCAUCAGGCGGGGGGUUCUGCGAUUGUGGUGACGUAGAGGCCUGGAAAAUUGGUCCUUGUUGCUCCAAACACGACCCGGGAGCAGCCACUGCCAUGGUAACGGAUGAGUGUAUGCUGGAGCCGGAGUUAUACGAGCGAGCCGAGAAACUGUUCCGGAUACUCCUGCGCUACAUCACAGACUUCUUGGUGUGGGAGGAGAACUUUGAGCUUUCAGCUGAACUCCAGCCUCGGACAAAAGAAAAUGCUUACUACUGUGUUUUGUACAAUGAUGAGCACCACUCAUACGACCACGUGAUCUACACCCUGCAGCGUUCGGUUCACUGCGGUCAGGCUGAAGCGCAAACACACACAGCGCUUAUUGACAAAGAGGGUCGGCGGGCAGUAAAGAGAGGAAACUUACGCUCCUGCCAGCAAGCAAAAGAAUCAAUCAGGUCCAACUCGGAGCACAUUUCCCUGCAGCCGCUGCGUGUGGAGAUCCUUCAUGCUUCUGUAAUGGCUCAUCAAACCUUUGCGAUCCGCCUUGGUUCUUGGUUCCAGAAGAUCGUCGGUUACUCAGCGGGCUUCAGGCAGGCCUUCUGCCAGGUGGCGUUGGAGCCAAACCYCGACAGCGAUAGCCCAUGUCUCAUUAGCAGACUCAUGCUGCACGAUGCCAGGAUGUACAAAGGAGCUCGCAAGAUCGUGCAUGAGCUGAUUUUCUGUAGCAUGCUAAUGGAUGCAGAAUUCAAAAGGCUGUUUGCAAUUGAAUUUACAAAGUACUACAAGCAGCUGCAGAAGGACUUUAUCAAUGAUGAUCAUGAAAGGAGUAUCUCCAUCACAGCUCUGUCUGUCCAGAUCUUCACRGUUCCCACAUUAGCCAGGCAGCUCAUUGAAGAGUGUAAUGUCAUUAAAGUGAUAGUUGACACAGUCAUGGAGCUGCUGCGGGAACAUCUCGAUGGCAGCAAUCACUUUUUCUUCCUCGGCUACAACUCUGACAAAUUCUCACGCAUCCAGGUUAUUUUUCACGACCUCAGGUAUAUUUUAAUCAGUAAACCGUCAGUGUGGACUGAGGAGCUGCGGGAACAGUUCCUGGAGGGAUUCAAAGUCUUUCUUGGAUUUCUCAAAUGCAUGCAGGGUAUGGAGGAGGUGAAGCGGCAGCUUGGUCAACACAUUGCAGUGGAGCCAGAAUGGGAAGCUGGUUUUACGCUCCAGAUUCAGCUCCGUCACAUUCUCGCCAUGUUUCAGGAUUGGUGUUCUUCUGAUGAAGAGAUGUUGCUGCUCGCCUUUAAGGAGUGCCACUCGGUCCUGAAGCAGUGCAACAACCAGCCCUUCCAUAAAGAAGCCACUAACUAUUACAUGUGCAAACACAUCGUCCAAGUUUGUCCGUAUAAAGUCUCGCAGGAGCCGGUUAGCAUACACCUGCCCAUUUCCAGGCUGUUGGCUGGUCUGUAUGUACUUCUGUGUAAGACAGGGGCAGUUGGACGUCUUGAUAAUGUUGAAAGCUGUGACUUCACUCUGCUGGCGGAGCAUCCUCUGCGCUGUGUGGUUCUGGCUGCUCAGGUCUCAGCAGAAAUGUGGCGAAGAAACGGGCUGUCACUGGUCAGCCAGGUCUACUACUAUCAGGAUGUAAAGUGCAGAGAUGAGAUGUACGACAAAGAUAUCAUCAUGCUGCAGAUCGCUGCUUCCAAAAUGGAUCCCAACCACUUCCUCAUGAUGAUUCUGCUGAGAUUCGAGCUUUUUGACUAUUUCAACGGAAAUCGUUCAAGCAAAGACCAGGAUGAGCUGAUGCAGUGGAACCGUUUGACAGAGGAGAUGCUUUACCUGCUGAUUGUCAUCUUUGGUGAGCGUUAUGUUCCUGGAAUCAGUCAGGUCACCAAAGAAGAUGUGACGAUGAGGGAGGUCAUCCAUCUCCUGUGCAUUGARCCCAUGGCUCAUAGCACCCUGGUCAAAAAUCUACCAGAGAAUGAAAACCAUGAAACAGGCCUGGAGGCAGUAAUAGCUAAAGUUGCUACAUUCAAAAAGCCAGGUGUGUCGGGACACGGACUGUACGAAGUAAAAAAAGAUUGUCUUAAAGAAUUUAAUCCUUUCUUCUACCACUACUCAAGAUCUCAGCAUAGCAAGGCAGAGGAGUCUCAAAAGAAGAGGAGAACUCAGGAAGGCAAUGAUAAAGCACUGCGUCCUCCGAUGCCACCAUCCUUCUGUCCAAGAUUUUCCAGUUUAACGCGCCUCCUCUGCUGCGAUAUUAUUGUUUAUGUUCUGAGAAACAUCCUGCAGAGAGCUGCAGAGGAUCAGCCAACACAUUGGACUGAAGCCAUGAUCCAAAGGGCGCUGCACCUGAUUGGCCAAGCACUGCUGGAAGAGAAAGCACAGCUUGAGAACAACACUGUGGAGGAAGUGACCUUUGAUUUCAGCCUUAAAGCCCACGUCAUUGGGUCGGAACAAGGAAAGUCGGUGUUUCUCUUGUUGUCCAAAAUCAAAGCUUUGCCUUCCCUUGAAGCUCAGAAAGACAUGAUCAUAUGGCUUCUACAGAUGUUUGAGAUCAUUAAGUGCCUUAGAGAGAAGUCCAGUCCCACGGUGUCAGUAAGCAUGGAAACCAACAAACCAGAAGAGAGUGCUCAGGACAAAGAGAAAGCUGAGAGGAAACGGAAGGCGGAGGCGGCGAAGCUCCACAGACAGAAGAUUAUGGCUCAGAUGUCGGCGAUGCAGAAGAACUUCAUUGAAUCAAACAAGAUGCUGUAUGACAACAUGCCUGAGAGUGGGGCACAAGGAGAACCUGUAGCAACUGAUGAGAGUUGUGCCAUGCAGGAGAGGGAGCUUUGCAUAGCCAUUGGAAGUCAAAGAGGGCCCACCCCAGCUGAGAGAGAGGUGCUCACCUGCAUCCUUUGUCAGGAGGAGCAGGAGGUGUUGCCUCUGGCUCCGGCCAUGGUACUGACAGCGUGCGUCCAAAGGUCCACGGUUUUGACGCAGUGCAGAGGAACGAUACCGCUCUACAAAACAGAUGGGUCAGGGACAUAUCCCCUCUUUAUGCCUCCUGAGCUUGCUGUGGGGACCCACACUGGGAGUUGUGGACAUGUCAUGCAUGCCACAUGUUGGCAGAAAUAUUUUGAGGCCGUUCAAAAUACCACCAGGAACCGCCUCCACGCUGAGCUGAUUGUUGAUCUGGAGAACGGAGAGUACCUGUGUCCUUUGUGCAAAUCUCUGUGCAACACCGUGGUUCCUCUCAUCCCAUUAGAGCCACUUACAUUUAACUAUGACAAUGCAGAGAUAAUUGGACAGAAUUUAACAUUGCCUCGCUGGAUUCAGGUCCAAACUGCCAGAAUUAAAGGACUGAAGUCCAUCACUCAGGAUAACGACAUUAACGCAGAUGGCAGUAGUGGUAUUGGUGGCACUGCUGGGCUGUGUGUUGAUGGCCAGGCAGACUUUCGAUCCAUUCUGUCUUAUGGCGUACAAGAACCGAGAAAGUUCUCAGACAGCAUCACAGAGAUGCUGGUUGUGUGCGCCACCACAGUCCACAGAGUUGGCUUAAAGACGGCACCCAAUGAGCUUUGUCCACACGUGCCUCUUAUGGCCUGGAACACAUGUGCUUUCACCAUUCAAGCCAUAGAAAACCUCCUGCAGGAAGAAGAUAAGCCACUGUUUGGAUCCUUACAGAACAGACAGAUCGCAGGUCUGAAGGCGAUUGUUCAGUUUGCAGCAUCGCAGAGAUUGAAGAGCUCCCAGGCAGUUAUCCAGAGGCAUUUCACAGACAUGAUGGGGGUUUUGCUACCUGUCAUGAGCAGAAAAAACACACCUUCUAUCCUGGAAGUGGACUUCUUCCAUCUUCUGGUGGGCCUGGUGUUGUCUGUACCUUCRUUGUAUCAGGAGGAAGGAGUGGACUUGCAGCCGUCUGCUAUAAGUUCUGCCUUCAACAACCUGUACAUCUUUCACCUGGUCACCAUGGCUCACGUGUUGCAGGUCCUUUUGACUUCCACAGAUUUCCCUGCUGUGGGAGAUGAMGAGACGGAGGAGGCGAGAGCAGCAGCGGAGUUGUACACAACAGUGUUGCAGCACACAGGACGACUGACUCCAGAUUUGUCCGGCAGCUCUGUGGCACAGAGAGUGAAGAUGGGAAUCGAACCCUUUCUGCGCAGCGCUGCUCUUUUUUUCAACUGUCUCACAGGAAUACGUCCUCCAGAGGACCUUUUUAGUACAUCUGGUAGCCCUCAAGGACACAUGGAGGCACUAUGCAGUUACUUGGCGCUACCUUUCAAUGUAUUCCAGCUCUUCCAGGACUACAGAGAGACUGUUUCUCCUCUGCUGCAGAGGUGGUGCGGAAGCCCAGUUAUAACCAAAGCUCUGAAAGGAAAAACUCAGAUCGUCAGAUAUCCAAGGAAAAGGAAUCGUUUGAUUGAUCUUCCUGAGGAUUACAGCGCUCUCCUCAAUAAAGCCAGCCAUUUUCAGUGCUCAAAAUCUACUGAAGAUGAGCGAAAGCAUCCGACCCUUUGCCUGGUCUGUGGGGCCAUGCUGUGCUCGCAGAGCUCCUGCUGCCUCAGCCAGCUGGACGGGGAGGACGUGGGUGCGUGCACAGCCCACGCUGCUACCUGUGGUGCUGGAGUGGGCUUGUUCCUCAGGAUAAGAGAAUGUGAAAUAGUCCUGAUGGCAAGUAAGACUCGGGGAAGCACGUACCCAGCUCCUUACUUAGAUGAUUACGGGGAGACCGACCCUCAUCUUGGGAGAGGCAAUCCGUUGCACCUUUGUCCCGAGCGCUACAGGAAACUGAACCAGCUGUGGCAGCAGCACUGCAUCCUGGAGGAAAUCGCCCGCAGCCUGGAGGUGGUCAACGUUAUGUUUGCCUUCGAGUGGCAGCUGGUGUGAUCGUUACUCCAGCUGAUGGCGGCCAGCAAGUUUACGAUCACAGCCAUAAAAAAACAACAACAACAAACAAAAUAAAYGGUUCUGUCCUCAGUUCAGUGCUCCUAAGGCACAAACACAUUUAACAUAUUUCUUCAAUCAAAAAGAGGCCGAUCUCUUCCAGAGGUGGAGCUGUCAGAGAUGAAAAAUACCAGAGGGAGAUGGAUCAAAACGUAACCAAGUCGCCUUGUUUUAGCUUGAUUGCCUGCAGUAAAGAUGACUGAAGCUCUCAAACAAAAUCAAACAUCAGAUACACUCUUUAAAAAACUUUUUUUUUCAGUUAACAGAUUUGAAAGGUCAGCAUUCUCUAUUGUGUUGAAUAACUCUGCCACAUUUAUUCAGUUGUUUUGGAGGAUGUAUUCAUGGUGAAGGCUCUGAGCAUGGUCACAAAUCGGACGUUUUGCCUCCUCGCUGUGUACAUGUUCAAAGUUAUAGAUGUGCAACCUGCUGUCAACUUUACUCAUGUAUAAACAAAUACAUAGUGAAUAAAACCUAUAUAAAUCCAACUUUUAUAUUUGUCUGCUUUCAGAUAGUGUUUUAGAAAAAGUAUACUCACAUUUGAAAUUAUGCGUAUUUAUAGUUAAAAACCUGUAACUAACUUUUUUUUUCCCUGCUAUGAUAUGGCUCCUAAAAAUGUAAAGGAACUUUGGUAUGACUUCUCAGUAUCUCUCUCUCUCUCUUUUUUUAGUAUAAGACUAAUAAUUAACUGUGUUUGCAUUUUGUGUUGUACUACAUAACUUCCAGGCUGUGGUAAUAAAAACAUGAGCCAUCUACUGAA